CGCUGCACCUUCAGUACUUUCAAAAGGCUCUAGUUGAAGCUACAUUGGUUUUUAAAGACCAGAUCCUAUUGAGUGUAGAGUGGAGGUUUGGCGCAGAAGUGUUUUAAAAUACGUAUGAUGAUCCGAGAGGUCGCAAGGCCAAGGAGGGCAACGUGACUGUCACUGACCCACGCACCAGACUGGCCGGCCAGACCUUCACAACUGCUUCAAUUUCCGGCUAAAAUUGUCCCCUGUCAGCCAUGUCGAGCUGAAGGGGAACUUAAACCUCCAAUCAUCCCUCCCGUGACUUUGAACUGCCGCCUGAAGGAUGUAAACAAGUCAUGCAGCGGCGAGGCUGGAAGGCGGCGGCUGGUUGGCGUUGGCUCCUGGAAGAAAAAAAAAACUCAAAUCGAACAGGACACACAGUGAGAGGCAUCACCUGCACGGUAGAAUAGGAAAGGGAAGCGGCCUAACUAAAAAAAAAAACACCGCGUGAGGAGAAGAGGGGAGGCUGAGUCAUGUCCAGUGAAAAAGAUGAAGCUGAGCCAGCUGCUGCUGCACCCAAGGUUGUGUUCAAGAAGGUGAAAAACAAGAAUCAUUGUCGCCGCCGCAAAGAUGACUCGGAAGAUGAUGAUUCGGGCAAUGGGGACGAGUCACUUAUGGCCAAACUGGAGGAGAGCAAGGAACUGCGCAAGUACCGGCGGCGGCAGGCAGGAGUGAGUGCUGAGGGUCUGCUGGUGGGGGAGACGACUGCCAAGAAGGAGGGUGUGGAUGAUGAUCCAUUCAAGACCAAGUGUGGGGGCAUGGUGGACCUCAGCCAAGUGAAGAAUGCAAAGAAAACCUCUGAUGAUGCUUACGACACUGGCAUUGGCACAGCCUUCUCUGUUGAGACUAAUCGGCGUGAUGAAGAUGCUGAAAUGCAGAAGUACAUAGAAGAAAACCUGGCAAAGCGGAAGGGUAUUGAGUCUGAGGACAUGCAGGAGGAGCAGAGCCGAUACCAGACUUUAGAUGAGGUGGCCCUGCAUGCCGUUCCCUCCAUGCUGCGUGAAUCCACCUCCAAGCGCAGCGAGGAGAUGCUCAGCAACCAGAUGUUGAGUGGAAUCCCCGAGGUGGACCUUGGACUGGAGGCAAAGAUUCGCAACAUUGAAGCAACAGAAGAAGCAAAGCAGCGGCUCCUCCGAGAGAGCAUGAUGAAGAAAGAACGGCCGUCAGAAUUUGUGCCCAAAAACAUGGCGGUGAACUUUGUGCAACACAACAGAUUCAACUUGGAGGACUCUGGACCAGCCAAGAAGAAGGAAAAAAGAGUGCAAGAGAUUGUGGAGCCGGUGGUGGGUGGUGGUGUCAAGAUCUCCACCAUAGCACCCAAAAGGCCACAUGGGGAGAAGGCAACGGAUGACUUUCACUAUGAGAAGUUCAAGAAGCAGUUCAGGAGACAUUAGCCCCUGCUGGCUCUCCUCUCAUGUGUCUUUCAUGUCACUUACUCAGGUACAAAUCCGUGUUUUCUAACAGUAACUCUUAAAGAGGCGUGUGUAUGUGUAAGCAUUUUUCUCAAUUACCAGGUGACACCUUGUGAGGAUGUCAGGCUGAUAUGUAGAUGGAACUUUGGAGGUAGCAAGUCAGCAGUAUACUGGAAUAGUAGUGGGUAUUGAUAGAUAUUAAGUAUUCAACAGGGCAGGGUAUACAGGUAAAAUAUGCAUAUGGAAUACAAUUCCAAAAUAAGUUUAUUGUUCAAGUAUACUUAGAACAUAGCAGAACUGAGAAUAUUUUAAUAAAUAUGAAUUUGCGCCUCCACAAACACAUAUCACAUGCAGUCAACAAGUUGAAGCUUCCUAUUGUUGAGGACAAUCUUACAUUACUUGGUCUUAACAACAAUGGCAGAAUUUAAUAGCUUUGCCUCAGACACAGUCUGUGCCAAGUUGGUAAGCUCAGCAUAAGGGAAGGUUGUCAUGAGACCAAAGUCAGUGGUAAUGUAGGCUGGCUGUGCUGUCUGUACAAAAUGUCUUAUGUCUCCGACAGUGUGUGUGUGGUUCACCCUCGCCACGAGACGGGAACCAUCGGGCAUGCGAAGCUGGAAACAGAACAUAUUUUCAGUAAUUAGUUUGGUCUCCAAACUUUAAAUUUAGAGUCUGCAAAUAAUUUAUUUAAAAUAUGUAGGUGAUAGGCUUUGUUAUGUUAUUGUAGAUGCAGGAAUAGAAAAAUAGGUAGGUGCUUUGACUUUUCAAUUACUAGUUGGAGAAUUAAUUAACUUUUUAAUUGGAGAAUUAAUGAAACAGGAAAGAUGGGAGAAAAAGCUGAAAAAUGACUGGCUGCAGAACUCUUUGGGUGAAUGCAAGUUUAAAGUAUGUGAAUGCGAGAGAGCAAAGGGUUUAGCGUAUAUAUAAAUAAGAAGGGAUGGCUGAUCUAACAAAGUAAUGUUGAAAUAUUUGAGAGAAUGCUAGGCUGAGAGACCACAGAUAGAAUGGAAACACUGUGUGAAAGGUAUAUGACACAGGAUAAUGGGAUAGAUGUUUGUGCAAGAAAGAUUGUCAAGAUUUUCUCCCACUUUAGAUGGAUAAACAGCCAAGAUUUUUUCCCACUUCUCUAGAUGGAUAAACAGCUAUCCACCAUUUUGAUGACCCUUACUACUUCUGAAUGGGUUGAUUGUCUUGAAAUGCAACUGCAAAUAUGGCAAAGUCUUCUGAAGUUAAGGGUGCUAAGACUGGCAACUUGCUUGACUAGGUGAGCUGUGAGUGUGAGGAGUAGUCUGGCAUCUAUCAUUCCCUGUGCUGAUUUGAGAGUGAUGGAUGUCUCACUCCUUAUGUGCCCAGCCUGGUAAGGCGGCAGUUUAAAAAUGCACCCUUUACGUAAAAGUGGGGUUUCCAGACAAGCAAUUUGCUUAAAUAAAGGAAGGGUGAAGAGGUCAAAACCAUAAGAAACACUGAACUUGAAACUGGCACUUUGCUCUCUUCUUAAGAAAUCCAACACACACUACCUCACUUAAUUGGGUCAGAUUUAGGAACUACAAAGAAUGAUAAACUCAAACAGCAACAAUAAGAUGAUUUUCUCUUGCAAAGAUAGUGUGGAGGAAAGGCCCUCUCUCAUUUUUUUGCAGGAUAGAUUAGUACAUCCAGUAUUUGACACUGUCAGAAGCAGGAUCUGGAUUACAUAUCUUAGUGACUGCUACUUGUUUUGGCUCAAAAAACAGUAAUUUCUACCAAAUACUCGUGUAGCUGUAUGAUGCCUGGGAUAAAAUGUACAGCCAUGA